ACUAACAAAAGAGUGCCACCGGUAAAAUUUCACAACUGAAAGUUCGGUUGGAAGUUGUAGUGCGCUCAUUUCAUGAGUUGAAAUGCGAACUGGCACUUAGACACAGAAAGUCCUCCUUGAUUAGAAUAGAUGUUUAACAGACCCAACAGCGGAAAACUACAACACACUUUCAGAUGAAGACCUUACUGGUAGCAGGAGUAGUGGUAGCUUUAGCGUAUGCCACAUAUUGUUUUCUGGAUGUCCCCGUACCCUCAGAUUUUCCAGAAACAUGGAAAGUGAAGAUUAUGGAUGGCAAGUUGCGCGGUCUUGGAAAACUGGAUUCACUGAUGAUGUUUGUCACAGGUGACAAAGACGUAAGAACUCAUCCGUGGGCACGUUGGAUUCUGAACACUGUAUUUAAACUGUUACAUACUGGGUUACCAUGGAUACAAGGGACAGACCAGGAUGUGAAGGUUUACUACACAACAAUGAGAGGUCUGCAGGUUUUAACCUUUGAACCCAUACAGUCUGAGCAUGGAAGGAAGAGACCUGCUAUUGUAUAUUUCCACGGAGGAGGAUUUGCCUUAUUAUCAGAAGAGUUUGCUGCACCAACUCUGAGAAUACUUGCCAAAGAGCUUGGUGCAAUGUUGUUUUCAGUAAGUUAUCGAAUGGCACCAGAACACCCCUUUCCUGCAGCCUAUGCUGACUGUCUUUCAGUCACUCAAUACAUUAUUGACAACAGCGACAAGUUUGACAUUGACAGCAGCAGGGUGGCUGUAGCAGGAGACAGUGCAGGGGGCAACCUUGCUGCAGCAGUGGCAUUAACACUGAAGCAACAGUUGAAGAUGCAGAUCCUUAUGUACCCCAUGCUUCAGGCCUUGGAUUUCCAGUUGCCGUCAUACAAAGAGAAUUCAAAGUACUUUCAGGGUUUCACAAAUCAAAGGGUGCUGGCAUCCUCUUUCCUUCGAUAUGCAGGUCUUCCUCUUAAUUACACUGAUGCACUGCUCAUUAAUAAUCAUACCUCACCAAAACUGAAGAAGUCCAAGUAUGCAAGUUACGUUGACCCCAAACUUAAUAUCCCAGAGCAUCUAGCAACUGUUUCAACAAAAAAGUAUGUGGUUGAAACUAGUGGGGGUGAUGAAAAUCUUUCAAAAGAAAUUAAAAAGAUUUUUACUAACCCUUUAUUUGCACCAUUGAUGGCAGACGAUGAGGCCUUAGCUCAGGUGGCACCAGCAUACAUCAUAACAGCAAAGUAUGAUCCUCUACAGAAUGAUGGCAUUAUGUAUGCUCACAGACUUUCUAAAAAUGGCGUCAUGAUUAAACUUCAUGAUUACCCAGCAUUCCAUGCAUUCUUGCAGUUCAGUGGCGGUCCAUUUAAAUUAGAAAUUGCUGAGAGAGCAGUAAAAGACCUGGUUACUUUUUUAAAGGAUCACCUAUAAAAAAAGUAAUGGGAAUCAGCUGACAUAGCCCACUCUCAUAACUUUGCAUAAAAUCAAGCAAGAAUUUGUGGGAUUUGGAGAAGUGGAUUCAAAAAUAAAGGCAUAUCUUCACUUGCAGUGGAUUUAAAAAUAAAGGCAUAUCUUCACUUGCAAUGCAAGGAAUAAAUAUAAGCUAACAUGAUUUAUACACAGAUAUUUUUCUUGUUGUUUUCUCCCAAGUUCUGUAGAAUGGUAAAUUAAUAAAAGACAGACAAAAUGAUACCUCAUCUGGCAGCCCAGACAGAAGUGGGUGUUUUUGUGAUCUCAACAUAAUUAUUCCUUUUUUUCCUAUAUUUAUAUAUAAUACCUAGGAAUUACAAUGGCUCAAAAAGCUUACUGUGUAUUUCCCUUUGCAUGUGACUGUUGACAAAUGUAUCAUUUUAAGAUGGUGAAACAACUUAUCUGUAUAGAUAACUUUUAGGUCUUGUAGUGUACCUCAGAUAUACAGGUCUUGUAGUGUACCUCAGAUAUACAGGUCUUGCAGUGUACCUCAUGUAUACAGGUGUUGUAGUGUACCUCAGAUAUACAGGUCUUGUAGUGUACCUCAGAUAUACAGGUCUUGUAGUGUGCCUCAGGUAUACAGGUCUCGUAGUGUACCUCAGGUAUACAGGCAGCAGAUAGGACUGUACAUAUUUUUUUGCAAAGAUUUUCAUCUAGCCAAAAUGAAAUGGACUCCUCUAGUAUUAUGAAAGUAUUAAAAAUAUUGCCAUUUACAAACUAUUAAUUUUAUGUUAAAUAUUUCCAAUAAAGUAAAAUCAUGCUGUGAUUUAAAGGGUUUUUGCAUUAAAGAUAAUUCCAUGAUGUUGUCUUUUCAAAUAUACAUCUAUACAUAUACUGUUUAGAUAUUAUGGGAGAAAGUAUUAAAUUUAAGAUCAUUUAAUUACUAAUAUGUAUUUAAAAAAAUAAACCUGUUAUAUUUGUUUUGUUAGCUUGAUUUGUAAAGAAUUGUUUUGUUUGCCAAUGUUAAAUAAAAUGGGUAAAUA